UUUUCAUCAUAAAUUUUUACUUUAACACCGUUGCUUCUUUCUCUCAGGCUCAGCAGCGAGACGUCCUAAAUCCAAAUUCUAAACCAGGAAAAUUCGCCGACUAAAGGCUGUGAUGUUGGUCAGCGUAGGAUAUCUUGUGACCUUUACCGUUGAUCAGACUUUUUUGUUGCUCUGAAACUCCAUUUCUCAUGCUCACCAUGAAAGAGGAAUUCGUUAUUGAUUAAUCGGAAAGCCCAGCGACAGGCGACUGUUACCGGUGGGUAAAUGGAUACGGCGAUCGUUUUGGAAGACUUCGGUCAGAAAGUGGAUUUGACGCGCAGGAUCAGAGAGGUUCUUUUGAACUACCCGGAGGGCACUACCGUUCUCAAGGAGCUCAUUCAGAACGCAGACGAUGCAGGUGCCACCACUGUCCGCCUCUGCCUUGACCGGAGGAGGCACGGUGUUGACUCCCUACUGUCCAAUAGCCUCGCCCAAUGGCAGGGCCCCGCACUAUUGGCCUACAACGAUGCCGUUUUCACUGAGGAGGAUUUCGUCAGUAUUUCCCGGAUUGGCGGCAGCUCUAAGCAGGACAAAGCUUGGAAAACGGGUCGCUUUGGGGUGGGAUUCAACUCGGUAUACCAUUUGACUGACUUACCUUCGUUUGUGAGCGGCAACCAUGUUGUUCUAUUUGAUCCUCAAGGUGUUUAUCUUCCAAACAUCUCGCCUGCUAAUCCUGGGAAGCGAAUAGAGUAUGUUAGUUCCUCAGCCAUUUCAGUAUACAAAGAUCAAUUCUUUCCGUAUUGUGCUUUUGGUUGUGACAUGAAAAGCACUUUCCCUGGAACUUUAUUUCGUUUUCCUUUGAGGAAUGCAGAUCAGGCUGCGAACAGUAUGCUUUCAAAGCAAACCUAUGUUGAAGAUGAUGUAUCUUCUAUGUUUGUUCAGCUAUAUGAGGAAGGAAUUCUCUCUCUACUUUUUCUUAAGUGUGUAUUAUCCAUAGAAAUGUAUGUGUGGGAUGUAGGGAUGCCUGAGCCAAAGAAGAUGUAUUCCUGCUCUAUUAGUUCCGUAAAUGAUGAUGUAUUGUGUCAUCGCAAGGUACUUCAGAGACUUUCUAAAUUGGAAUGUGCUUCUGAUUGCAAGAUGGGUGCCUUCUCACUGGACUUCUUGAGUGAGGCUGUGAUUGAAAAUGUUUCACAAAUACAGACCCAUACGUUUUAUGUAGUGCAAAUGAUGGCUUCAACGAGCAGUAGAAUUGGUGCUUUUGCAGCUACAGGAGCAAAGGAUUAUGGCAUGCAUCUGCUGCCUUGGGCAUCGGUUGCGGCCUGCAUAUCUGAUGAUUCCGUUAAGGCAAUUUUCCAGCACUCAGAUGAUGUUCUGACGCUUGGACGUGCAUUCUGUUUUCUCCCGUUGCCUGUAAAAACUGGAUUCAGAGUUCAAAUUAAUGGAUACUUUGAGGUUUCUUCAAAUCGUCGUGGCAUUUGGUAUGGUGAUGACAUGGAUAGAACUGGAAAAAUUCGUUCCAUCUGGAACAGGCUGCUACUGGAAGAUGUUGUAGCACCUAGUUUUGCUAAAUUACUGCUCGACACACGGCAACUUCUAUCUUCAACAAAAAAAUAUUAUUCUUUGUGGCCUAUUGGUUCAUUUGAAGAGCCCUGGAAAUUUUUAGUCGAACAUAUUUACAGGAGCAUCUGUGAUUGCCCUGUCUUAUAUUCAGACAUUGAUGGUGGAAAGUGGAUUUCUCCCGAGGAAGCAUUUCUUCAUGACAUGGAGAUAUGUGGAACUAAGGAAAUUAAAGAUGUUCUGGUCCAACUUGGAAUGUCUAUUGUUCCGUUGCCGAGUGACUUAUUUAGUAUGAUCUUAAAUUGCAAAUCUGUCAGGCAUAAAAAAGUUGUUACUCCUGAUUCUGUACGUCAUUAUUUGAGAGAUUGCAGAAAUUUAAGUGCAGUUGGUAGACCCCAUAAGUUCAUGCUGUUGGAAUAUUGCCUUGAGGACUUGAUUGAUGCAGACGUCAGCAUUCAUGCAUCUCACCUGUGUUUGCUUCCAUUGGCAAAUGGUGAUUUUGGUUCAUUUUCUGGACGCGCUGAAGGAAUCACUUAUUAUAUUUGCAAUGAUCUGGAAUAUGGUCUUCUGCAACGAAUUUCAAAUAGACUAAUUGAUAGGAGCAUUCCUGUGAAUCUACUAGACAGAUUGACAUCAAUAGCAAAUGCCUCAGGGGCAAACCUAGUCGUUUUUACUGUGAAUGAGUUCACUCAAUUAUUUUCCAAUUUUUUUCCAGCAGAAUGGAAAUAUCAGACUAUGGUUUUAUGGAAUCCAACUUCAAAUUCUAUGCAUCCUACUUCAUCUUGGUUCUUACUCUUUUGGCGUUACCUUUUGGAGCAAUGUCAGGAUUUAUCUCUUUUUGGAGAUUGGCCCAUAAUACCAGCCACUAGUGGUCAUUUGUAUAGGCCUUCUAGGCAGACCAAAUUGCUAAAUGUGGGCAAAUUAACCGAGAGAAUGCAGUGUAUCCUUGGUAAGAUAGGUUGCAAGAUGCUAAACAACAACUAUUGUGUUGAACACCCUGAUUUAAUUAAUUUCGUGCAUGAUUCUGAUGCUUCCGGUGUUUUGAAUUCAAUCUAUGAUGUGUCUUCCAGUGAUAGUAUUGCUCAGCUUCUUCAGCCUCUAGAAGCAAAUGAAAGAGAUGAUCUUCGUCGAUUUAUUCUACAUCCGGCAUGGUUUCUAGGAAUGCAAAUGGAUGAUUCUCAUAUUCAGAAUAGCAAGUGGCUUCCAAUAUAUAAAGUAUAUGAUGGAGAAUCUACUGAGAACAUCAAUUAUUCUGAUUUGGUAAACCCUCGUAAAUUCUUACCCCCAUUUGGCUGCCCAGAGUGUUUGUUUUCUAGCGAAUUCGUCCGUGAUUUGUCAAACACUGAGGAAGAGUUGCUAUUGAGAUAUUAUGGUAUUGAGCGGAUGAAGAAGACACAGUUCUACAAGCUGCAUGUGUUUAAUAGGAUAAAGCACUUGGAAUCUGAUGUUCGCAACAUGGUCUUGCUUUCAGUUCUACAAGAACUACCACAAUUAUGUUUGGAGGAUGCUUCGUUAAUGGAAUCCUUGAGAAACUUGGAAUUUGUCCUCACCGUUAGUGGCACACUGAAGAGUCCGGCAGAGCUAUAUGAUCCUAGAAAUGAGGAAUUAUAUGCCUUACUUGAAGAUUGUGAUAGUUUUCCAUCUGGGAUCUUCCAGGAAUCCAGUGUCUUAGACAUGUUACUAGGUUUGGGCCUCAAGACAACUGUAUCUAUUGAUGCAGUCAUACAAAGUGCGCGUCAUGUGGAACACUUAAUGCAUGAAAAUCAGGAAAAGGCUCAUUCAAGAGGUACAAUACUUUUAUCAUAUCUGGAGGUAAAUGCAUUAAAGUGGCUGCCCGAUUCACCAAAAGAUGAACAAAGAAUGCUGAAUAGGAUGUUCUCCAGAGUUCCAAAUGCAUUUAAAUCCCGUCAUUUCAAAUCAGACUUGGAAAAGUUCUGGAAUGAGCUCAGGCUGAUUUCAUGGUGCCCGGUCCUUGUCUCUCCUCCACACACAUCAUUACCAUGGCCCAUGGUCUCAUCAUUGGUUGCUCCUCCUAAGCUUGUUAGGCUAUCCUCGGAUGCAUGGCUUGUUUCUGCAAGUAUGCGGAUACUGGAUGGAGAAUGCUCUUCUUCAGCUUUAUCCCAUCAACUUGGCUGGUCUAACCCACCAGGAGGAAGUGUAAUUGCCGCCCAGCUGCUUGAGCUUGGGAAAAACAAUGAGAUUGUAUUCGAUCCCGUUCUCCGGCAGGAACUAGCUUUGGCAAUGCCAAGAAUAUAUGCUAUCUUAAUGGCAUUGCUGGGUUCAGAUGAAAUUGAUAUUGUAAAGGCUGUUCUAGAAGGUUGCCGGUGGAUAUGGGUGGGAGAUGGAUUUUCCACCUCGAAUGAAGUUGUCCUUCAAGGUUCUCUUCAUUUGGCUCCCUACAUACGCAUCAUACCUGUUGAUUUAGCUGCAUUCAGUGAAUUAUUUUUGGAGCUAGGUGUUCGGGAAUACUUGCGGCCGUCUGAUUAUGCAGAAAUAUUAUAUAGAAUGGCCACCAAGAAGGGUACUGUUCCUCUUGACCCUCAGGAAAUAAGUGCAGCUACAUUAAUUGCACAACACCUCGCUGAAGCUCGCAUUUUUGAAGACAAAACCGACAUAUACCUUCCAGAUGUAUCAGGGAGACUACUUAAGGCGACAGAUUUAGUCUACAAUGACGCACCAUGGUUGCUUGAUGCUGAAGGUUCUGAUAAUUUAUUUGGAAAUGCAGCUCUAUCUUUGGGUGCUAAACAGGCUGUUCAUAAAUUUGUUCAUGGCAAUAUUUCUCAUGAUAUUGCUGAAAAGCUUGGGGUACGCUCCUUCAGAAGGAUUUUGCUUGCAGAGAGUGCUGAUUCGGUGAAUUUGAGUUUAUCUGGAGCUGCUGAGGCAUUUGGGCAGCAUGAAGCUUUGACAACCAGGCUUAGACAUAUACUUGAAAUGUAUGCUGAUGGGCCAGCAGUUCUUUUUGAGUUGGUGCAAAAUGCUGAGGAUGCAGGAGCUUCAAAUGUCACCUUCUUAUUGGAUAAAUCUCAUUAUGGGAGUUCGUCUCUUCUUUCACCUGAAAUGGGAGAAUGGCAGGGCCCAGCUUUGUAUUGUUUUAACGACUCUGUUUUCAGUUCACACGAUCUCUAUGCUAUUUCCCGCAUAGGCCAGGAGAGUAAACUAGAGAAACCAUUUGCAAUUGGAAGAUUUGGGCUUGGAUUUAACUGUGUUUAUCACUUUACUGAUGUUCCAACUUUUGUUUCAGGAGAAAAUAUAGUCAUGUUUGAUCCUCAUGCCUGUAAUUUGCCUGGAGUUUCACCGAGCCACCCCGGUCUCCGGAUUAAAUUUUUGGGGAAAAAGAUUUUGGAACAGUUUCCUGAUCAGUUUUUGCCAUUUUUACAUUUUGGAUGUGAUCUACAAAAUCCAUUUCCUGGCACUCUCUUCCGUUUUGCCCUUAGGACUGAUAAAGCUGCCUCUAGAAGCCAAAUAAAGAGAGAAGCGUAUUCACCGGCUGAUGUACUGUCAUUGUUUUCUUCCUUUUCUGAGGCUGUUUCUACAACUCUACUCUUUCUGCGUAAUGUAAAGACUAUAUCCAUUUUUGUGAAAGAAGGGCCUAAUACCAAAAUGAAAUUGAUACACCGUGUUUGCAAGGAUUGUGUUACUGAGCCUGAACUUAUAAAGGGUCCAUUUCAUGACAUCUUUAGUUCAAUGUAUGAGAACCAACUUAGGUUGAGUAAGGAUCAGUUCCUUGACAAGCUGAGCAAAUCCAUCCAUGGAGAUAUACCUUGGAAGUCUCAGAAGCUUUUGGUGUCUGAGCAGAACGAAUCCGACUGUAGGUCAUAUUUGUGGUUAACAAGCGAAUGCCUUGCUGGUUUCAAACGGACUAAUAAAUUCGCAUCCUUUGGCAAGAAGUUUUGCAAGUUUGUUCCUUGGGCCUGUGUAUCUACACCUAUCAACUCUAUUGAGAUAAAGAAAAAAGAAUUGUCUGAGGAAAUUAUGGAUGAGAAUUAUCCCAGUACUGCUGAAGUUGUUGAGCAACUCUUAGCUUCUACUCGAGGUAAAUCUUACUUUGAGGGUCGUGCUUUUUGCUUUUUACCUCUUCCCAUAAGUACUGGUCUCCCGGUUCACAUAAAUGCGUACUUUGAGUUGUCAUCAAACCGAAGGGAUAUAUGGUUUGGCGAUGACAUGACAGGGGAUGGGAAAAUGCGGUCGGACUGGAACAUGUACCUGCUUGAAGAAGUUGUUGCACCUGCUUAUGCUCAUCUCCUUGAGACAGCUGGACUGGAAUUUGGCCCAAGCGAUUUAUUCUUUUCCUUUUGGCCUACAACAACAGGAUUUUGUGAACCUUGGACCUCACUGGUGCGUAAGCUCUACCAAUAUUUUUCCGAGGGUGGUCUACGUGUGUUGUACACAAAAACCCGAGGAGGACAGUGGAUUUCGACCAAGCAAGCCAUACUUCCAGAUCACAGUUUCGCCAAAUCUUGGGAACUUUCAGAAGCACUAUCUGAUGCGGGUUUACCUCUGGCCAGUGUUCCGAAAGAGAUCGUUGACAAAUUUAUGGAAUUCUGUCCGUCGCUCCACUUUCUUACUCCUCAUUUACUACGAACCCUCUUGAUCAGGAGGAAGCGCGAAUUCAGAGAUCGAAAUGCAAUGAUUUUAACCCUUGAAUAUUGCUUCCUUGAUCUUCAAAAUCCAGUUCAAUCCAAAAGUUACUUUGGAUUACCUUUGAUCCCACUUUCAAGUGGUGCAUUUGCAAAACUAGAAGAGAGAGGGUUCGGUGAACAAAUUUAUGUCACGAGGGGAGAUGGAUAUGACCUCCUAAAGGAUUCAAUUUCUUAUCUCUUGGUAGACUGUGAGGUUUCCGACCAUCUUUACCAUAAGUUUUGUGCUCUGGCUGAUAGCGGAGAUUUUAAUUUAUAUUUUCUGACAUGUCAACUUCUCGAAAAAAUACUUGUAAGGCUAAUUCCGGUUGAUUGGCAUCAUGCGAAACAGGUGGUUUGGGUUCCUGGCUUUCAUGGUCAUCCCACUUUGGAAUGGGUAAGACUGUUAUGGAGUUAUCUGAGAUCAUCUUGCAAUGAUCUUUCACUGUUUUCUGAGUGGCCGAUUUUGCCAGUUGAAUAUAAUCUUCUCAUUCAACUUGUUGAGAAUUCUAAUGUAAUCAGAGAUGGCGGAUGGAGUGAAAACAUGUUGACAAUGUUACAAAGAGCAGGAUGUCAAAUACUAAGGCGUGAUAUCCCAAUUGAACAUGAACAGCUGCAUCUUUAUGUGCAGCCCUCAACAGCAAUAGGUAUUCUAAAUGCAUUGCUGGCAGUUGCCGGUAAGCCAGAUGAAAUUGAGAAGCUCUUUGGUGAUUCUCCGGAUGGCGGGUUACAUGAACUUAGAAGUUUUAUUCUCCAAUCGAAGUGGUUUUCUGAUGGUUCAAUGGGCAGUACUCAUGUCAGCAUAGUUAAGCACAUUCCGAUGUUUGUGGCAUAUAAGAGUAGAAGACUCGUAUCUUUAAGUACUUUCAAAUGGCUUAAACCAGAGUCCAUACCUGAUGAUCUGUUAAAUGAUGAUUUUGUGAAACUGGACUCGGAGAAAGAAAGAAAAAUACUGGAAGAAUUUGUAGGUCUUAAAGAACCAUCGAAGGUAGAUUUCUACAAAGAUUAUAUACUCCAUCGCAUGUCGGAGUUCAUUUCUCAGGAGGGUUUUCUCUUUCGCAUUUUGUGUGAUAUUAGAUUCUUGAUUGAGGAGGAUAGCACUUGCAUAUCAGUUCUAUCAAGAACUCCAUUCGUUCAAACGUCAGAUGGAAUUUGGAAAGAGCCAUUCAGGUCUGUUCCAGAAUUUGCUUUAAUGGUUAAUAACUUUAUGAGACUUAGAAUAGCAUUUUUUUAUUUUUUUUGUGUCCAUACUGACUUGUUCAAUCAUGCAUCUGAUGGCUUCUAUUACAGGCUUUACGAUCCUCGUGUUUCUGAACUGAAAAUGUUUCUCCAUGAGGAAGCCUUUUUCCCAUCAAAGGAGUUCUCUGACCCUGAUAUCCUGGAAACAUUAGUCACCCUUGGGCUUAAACAGACUUUGGGUGCUAUUGGUUUAUGCGAUUGUGCCAGAUCAGUUUCAAUGUUGUAUGAAUCAGGGAACUCUGAUGCAUUAGUACUUGCAGGGAGGUUGCUUUCUUGUUUGGAUGCAUUAUCAUUGAAGUUGCGUGCGGAAGAGGGAGAACGGUUUGCUGAUACUGAAUCUCUGGAAAAUCAACUUAAUGGAAAUGAAGAAAAGAAUCCUGUUUACGGUUCUCCAGACCUCAGUUCCGGUUCUCCAGACCUCAAUUCGAAUGCUUUGGACCUUAAUUCACUACUCAACUACUUGGUUGAUGACACGAGGGGAGAAGGGUUUUGGUCAGAUCUGCAGUCCAUCAGCUGGUGUCUUGUAUAUUCUGAACCACCAGUUCAGGGGCUUCCAUGGUUAGGCUCAGGCCAUAAAAUAGCAGCACCAGUUACAACCAGACCGAAGUCACAGAUGUGGAUUGUUUCAUCCAAGUUUCAUAUAUUGAAUGGCGAAUGUUCUGAGUACCUGCAGCACAAGCUUGGUUGGAUGGAUCCUCUGGAUGUGAAUAUGUUGUUGACACAAUUAGUGGGGCUAUGCAAUGGUUACAAUGAGAACAGGUUGCAUUAUGAUGCAGAACUGAAAAUUCAGAUACCAUGUAUCUAUUCGCAGUUGCAAAAUUUUGUUAACACAGAUCAUAUGCCAUUUCUUAAAUCUUCCUUAGAUGGUGUGAAAUGGGUUUGGAUUGGAGAUGAUUUUGUGGCCCCAGAUGUGCUUGCAUUUUAUUCACCUGUGAAAUAUAGCCCCUACUUAUAUGUGGUACCAUCUGAGCUAUCAUUGUUCCAAGAUUUGCUUUUGGCAUUGGGCGUCAGAUGUAAUUUUGAUGUUUCUGACUAUCUGAAUGUUUUGAGAAGGUUGCAAAAUGAUGUAAAAUAUGGGACUUUAUCAACCGAUCAGUUAAAUUUUGUUCAAUGCGUCCUAGAGACCAUUUCAGAUAAAUGCAUGGAUGGGUCAGGACAAGAAUAUCUUACUGGACUUUUGAUUCCCGAUUCUUCUGGAGUGCUCACAGCUGCCGGUGAUCUUGUAUAUAAUGAUGCACCAUGGAUGGAGACCAAUGCUCUCAUUGGAAAACGUUUUGUGCAUUCCUCUAUUAGCUAUGACCUUGCCAGCAGAUUGGGAAUACAGUCUGUUCGGUCGCUUUCUUUAGUCAGUAAAGAGUUCACCAAAGAUUUUCCGUGCAUGGAGUAUAACAAAAUAUCCGAGCUGCUGGAAUCACAUGGCGACUAUGAGUUUCUUCUCUUUGACUUGCUUGAAUUAGCUGAUUGUUGCAAAGCCAGAAAGCUUCACUUAAUCUUUGACAAGCGAGAACAUCCACAUCAGACUCUACUGCAACACAAUCUUGCUGAAUUUCAGGGGCCUGCUCUGGUGGCAGUUCUGGAGGGAACCAGAUUAAGUGGAGAUGAGAUUGCUAGCCUCCAGUUUCUUCCACCAUGGAGUCUGAGGGGUGAUACUCUCAACUAUGGCUUGGGAUUGCUGAGUUGUUUCUCCAUCAGUGAUCUGCCGUCAGUGAUAUCUGAUGGUUAUUUGUAUAUUUUAGAUCCUCGUGGUGUAGCACUUGCCACGCCUUCAACUCGUUCUCCUUGUGCUAAAGUUUUUCCUCUGAGAGAACUCCGGUUCUUUUGUUCCCUGUGUCAGUCAGAUGAAUUUUUUAUUCGACAUUACUACAAUUCUGUGUCAGAAACAGGGUACACGCUUAUUAAUCGAAUAUUUGAAUGUACAAAUUUGAUGGCACACUUUUCUGAUCAGUUCAGUCCAAUGCUGAUUGACGAAAAUAUGCCAUGGUCAUCAGCUGAUUCCAUGAUCAUCCGUAUGCCUCUUUCGUCAAAAUGCUUAGAUGGAGAUGCCAUUGGUUUGACUAGGAUGACACCAUUAUUUAACAAGUUCAUGGAGCAUGCUCCUAAAAUAAUACUAUAUUUGAAGUCAGUUCUGCAGGUGUCUUUGUCAACAUGGGAGGAUGGAAGCCUAGAACCCUGCCUAGAUUAUUCAGUUGAAGUUGAUCCUUUGUCCGCUGGCGUCAGAAACCCAUUUUCAGAAAAGAAGUGGAAGAAAUUUCAACUAUCCAGUAUAUUUGGCAACUCUGCUGCUGCCAUCAAAUUGCAUGUAUUGGACUUGAACUUGAUUAAGGCGGGGACUAGAUUCAUUGAUCGAUGGCUUGUUGCGCUCAGCAUGGGUUCUGGUCAAACUAGAAAUAUGGCACUAGAUAGGCGGUAUCUUGCUUACAACCUUACACCAGUUGCUGGAGUUGCUGCACAUAUAUCACGAAACGGUCAUCCUGCUGAAAAUCAUCCAUCAAACUCUAUCAUGUCCCCUCUACCUCUGUCAAGCAGUAUAAACAUGCCAGUAACGGUGGUUGGAUGUUUCUUAGUGCGCAAUAAUCGGGGACGUUACCUUUUCAAGUACCAAGACGGGAAAGCUGGUCAGGAGGUAGCGAUUGAUGCUGGGAGCCAGUUGAUUGAAGCUUGGAAUAGGGAGUUGAUGUCCUGUGUUCGUGACUCUUAUAUUAAGUUGAUAUUUGAGAUGCAAAAGUUACAGAGAGAUCCUCUGACUUCUGUUCUGGAUCCAAAUUUACGCCGUUCCCUAAGUGUAGUUUUGAGCGCUUAUGGGGAUGAAAUAUACUCUUUUUGGCCUAGGUCGGACAGGAGAGCCCUGCCCAGGCAACCUACAAAUGACAAUUAUCCAACUUCCGUGAAGCUUCUUGGAGAAGACUGGGAAUGCCUUAUUGAACAUGUUGUUAGGCCACUAUAUGCUCGCCUUGUUGAGCUUCCUGUGUGGCAUUUGUAUUCUGGAAAAUUAGUUAAGGCUGCGGAUGGUAUGUUUCUUUCACAACCUGGAACUGGAGUCGGGGACAACUUGCUACCAGCUACUGUUUGUGAUUUUGUCAAGGAACAUUAUCCUGUUUUUUCAGUCCCGUGGGAACUGGUUACCGAAAUUCAAGCUGUGGGCAUUACUGUAAGAGAAAUCAAACCUAAGAUGGUUCGAGAUCUUCUUCGGGCUUCAUCGCCAUCUUUGGGUAGCUGGUCAAUUGAUACCUAUGUGGAUGUCCUUGAGUACUGCUUAUCUGAUAUCCAACUUCUGGUCUCACCUGGAUUUGAUGAACUUCGUACAAGGGACUUUAAUAAUCCUGAUUUUGGUUCUCAAAGUGAAGAGCAUAACCAUUCUUUUGUUGCAUCAGGCAUCAACUCAAAUAGGCAUGACAUGUUUUCCUCUGCCUCCUCCGUCAAUUCUGGAGGAGAUGCGGUUGAAAUGAUGACUAACUUUGGGAAGGCGCUGUUUGAUUUUGGCCGUGGAGUUGUGGAAGAUAUAAGUCGGGCAGGAGGUUCGUCAUCUCUGAGCGGAGGUAGCAGUUAUGGAUCAUGUAGAAGUGAGGACCAGAUACUGGUUCAUUUGGCUUCUGAAAUCAAAGGUUUACCUUGUUUAACUGCAAAGAAUAGUCUCAUUAAGUUGGGGUUUACUGAAGCUUGGGUUGGGAAAAGAGAGGAGCAACACCUGCUUACUUCUUUAGCAGGAAAGUUCAUUCAUCCAGAAGUGCUGGAGAGGCCAGUCCUGCAACAAAUCUUCUCUCAGUGCUCUAUCAAAUCAGUCUUAAAACUGGAAGCUUUCUCUCUUCGAUUGCUUGCGCGCCAUAUGAGAUAUGUUUUUCCUGAAAACUGGACAAGUGAUGUAAUUGACUCAAAAAGUGUUCCCUGGUUUUCGUGGAAGGAGUCUGCAAGUUCUGGUGGAAACGCAGAUCCUUCUCCUGAGUGGAUUAAACUUUUUUGGAGGAUCUUUGGUAGCUCAUCAGAAGACAUCUCUCUGUUUUCUGAUUGGCCACUUGUUCCUGCCUUUCUUGGUCGCCCAAUCUUAUGCCGUGUGCGAGAGCGUCAUCUUGUUUUUGUUCCACCCCAAAUUAGCCAUUUGGAUUCUUUUAGUGCUAAAUCUGCAGUAGGUCCAUCUGAAGUUGGUCAACCUGAAUUUUCUUCCGAGUCUUAUGAGGUUCAAUCGUACUUGUUGUCAUUUGAAUUUAUAAAGGAAAAGUACCCUUGGUUAUUUUCAGUUCUUAAUCAAUACAAUAUUCCAAUCUUUGAUGUUAAUUACAUGGAUUGUGCUCUUCCAACCAAGUGUUUACCGGCAGAUGGGCAGUCGCUAGGGCAAAUCGUAGCAUGCAAACUCGUGGCAGCCAAACGAGCUGGAUAUUUUCCUCAUCUCCCCUCUUUUCAGUCUUCUGAUCGAGAUGGGCUCCUCAGUUUAUUUGCUGGUGAUUUCUCUUCCGCUAACAGUUACGGAAGCGAAGAGCUAGAAGUUCUGCACGAUCUUCCUAUUUAUAGAACAGCUCUGGGGACAUAUACCACACUGAGAACCCAGGAUCUGUGCAUGAUCUCUUCAAACACAUUUCUCAAGCCAUCUGAUGAACGGUGUCUGUCACACACUACAAAUUCUACUGAAGGCUCUUUACUUCGUGCACUUGGAAUCCCUGAAUUCCAUGAUAAGCAGAUUCUUGUAAAAUUUGGAUUGCCUGGAUAUGAACACAAACCUCAGCUUGAGCAGGAGGAUAUAUUGAUUUACCUGUACACAAACUGGAAUGAUCUUCAGUCCGAUUCAUCUGUAAUAGAGGUGCUUAGAAAUACCAAUUUUGUGAAAACAGCUGAUGAACACUAUGAAAUCCUGUGUAAACCCAAAGAUCUACUUGAUCCAGGUGAUGCAAUAUUGACGUCUGUUUUUUCUGGAGAGAGGAAGAAAUUUCCAGGAGAGAGAUUCAUUUCCGAGGGUUGGCUUCAGAUCUUGAGGAAAACGGGUCUCCGAACUUCGUCCGAAGCAGAUGUUAUUCUUGAGUGUGCUAAGAGAGUGGAGUAUCUUGGAGGUGAAUACAAGAAGCAGGCAGAAGUACACGAUGAUGUUAACUUAUGGAACCCACAAAAUGAGGUAUCUUUUGAGAUUUGGCUGUUGGCUGAAACUUUGCUCAAAACAGUCUUUUCUAACUUCGCGAUACUAUACGGAAGCAACUUCUGCAAUCUCCUUGGCAAGAUUGCUUGUGUUCCAGCUGAAAGGGGAUUUCCAAAUAUUGGUGGUAGAAGAAAUGGGAGUAGAGUUCUCUGUUCGUAUUCUGAAGCUAUAGUGAUGAAAGAUUGGUCU